AGAACUACACAAAUGAGCGAAGAAUCUCUUCCACCAUCAUCGGGAUCUAAAAUGUCGCCGAGAGCGUUCGAGCUCUUAUGCGUGGUCAUGCUCGGCUUCGGUCAUUUGUGCAUUAUGACAGGAUGCGACUCCCAGGCGUUCAUUUUGGAGUCCGUGAUCAAUUCGAUUCAUGAGAGGGAUCCAGCACGGAUCAAUUCACAUGCUGGAUACUAUGGCCAGGCCACAUGCUACCUCGCAUUCGUCUUCACCUGCCUAGUAUCUCCAACAUUCCUCUACGCGACCAGCGCCAAAACUACCCUCAUAAUUGCGGCGGCAUGCUUCACGUCAUUCCCACUGGGAUUUUUGUACACAAACCAAUAUUAUUACUUCUUCUCGGCGGCGCUAAAUGGCGUCGGGUUUGCUUUGUACUACACUGGAAACGGCGGCUACCUGACAUCCCAUUCCACCCGUAAAACCAUUGAAUCCAAUGUCUCAAUUUCCUGGGCGAUCGGCUCAAGCUGCAUGAUCGUUGGAGCCGGCAUCAUCGCCCUGAUCACUUUUCUAACAGCUGGACAGGGAUCCGAAGUAGCAAUGGAUCUAGCUAAUGCGACUGUAACUCAGCAUUUUGAGCGAAGAUUCAGUGAUACUGAGAUCUACCUCCUCUUCUCGGUCUUCGCCGCCAUCUCCUUCGUCGGAUGUAUCACCUUUGCUCUUCUGCCCUCCAACGACAUCGGCAACUGCAUCGAGUCCUCCAAGAAGAUCGUGGCAUUCCGAGAUGGCAUCGCCCUAAUGUACCGGGCGUUCCGGUCCCCAAAAAUGAUAGUUUUGAUCCCAACUUUUGUGCUCACCGGGGUGCACACUUCCUUCUGGGUCUCCAUCUACCCAACCACUCUAACCUUCAACUCUCACCUCUCCGCAAUGAUCUAUCUUCCCGCCAUCUACAGUUUCGGUGUCGGCCUUGGAGAGACUACUAUGGGUCUGCUGAUCUCCUUCUGUAGCAAGAGAAUCAAGAACUUCGGAAUGCGGCCAACAAUGUUCAUCGGAUGCUUUUUGACUUGCCUCUAUUGCGCACUAGUUGUCAUUUCUACUCCACCAACCGCCCCGAUGGCUCCAACAUCUGAAAAACCCCUGCUCUUCCAGCCAACACGAUACUUGGUCUUCAUAAUUGCCCUAAUCGGUGGAAUGUCAGAUUGUUGCCUGUGCAGUGUUAGAUCAGUUGUAUGUGCAAUCGCGAUGCCAACAAGAAGGAAUCAAGCAUUUUCAGUCUCGAAAUUUUAUCAGGCCAUCGGUUGCUGUGUGAUCUUCUUCAUUUCCCCGCUCCUCAACAUCUACUACUACGUAAUCGGAAUUCCGAUCCUCUGCAUCAUCGCCAGCGUAUGCUUCUUCUUCGAGACGCGCCGCAUCAAACAAAUGGAAAAAUCACUGACCAAUAUGGAGCUGGAUCAAGCUCAACAGAGAAGGAGAUCCAGCAAAUACGAUACUCUUGACGAGGAAUUUUAGAUUUGUAAUUAUAUUUUGUACUUUUUAACAAAAAUUUUAAAACAACACGGGUAGCUGACACAGAUUUUCCAUUGGAAAACUUUACAACAUUUCAUAUUUCAUAUCAUAUUGCAAUUUUUUCGACCUUGACAUUUCUAACGUCACAAUGAAGACAUUCCCCUUACC